UGUGCUCUGCACCGGAAGUGCCUUCCAGAUAGUAAAUAAGCUGGGAAAAGCGUCGGAGAGGCCGUCUCCAUCUUGUCGGCGUCGGCCGCUCCCGCGUCGUCGUGAAGAUGGGGAGCGUCCUGGGACUCUGUUCGAUGGCGAGCUGGAUACCAUGUCUAUGUGGUAGUGCUCCCUGUCUGCUGUGCCGAUGCUGUCCUAGUGGAAACAACUCCACAGUGACUAGAUUGAUCUAUGCACUUUUCUUGCUUGUUGGUGUGUGUGUGGCCUGUGUAAUGUUGAUACCAGGAAUGGAAGAACAACUGAAUAAGAUUCCUGGGUUUUGUGAGAAUGAGAAAGGUGUAGUUCCUUGCAGUAUUCUGGUUGGAUAUAAAGCUGUGUAUCGUUUGUGCUUUGGCUUGGCUAUGUUUUACCUUCUCCUCUCUUUGCUAAUGAUCAAAGUGAAGAGUAGCAGUGAUCCCAGAGCUGCAAUACACAAUGGAUUCUGGUUUUUUAAAUUUGCUGCAGCAGUUGCUAUUAUCAUUGGGGCAUUCUUCAUUCCAGAAGGAACUUUUACAACUGUGUGGUUUUAUGUAGGCAUGGCAGGUGCAUUUUGUUUCAUCCUCAUUCAACUAGUCCUACUUAUUGAUUUUGCCCAUUCGUGGAAUGAAUCGUGGGUUGAAAAAAUGGAAGAAGGGAACUCAAGAUGUUGGUAUGCAGCCUUAUUAUCGGCUACAGCUCUGAAUUAUCUGCUAUCUUUAGUUGCCAUCGUCUUGUUCUUUGUCUACUAUACUCAUCCAGCCAGUUGUUCUGAAAAUAAGGCAUUCAUCAGUGUCAACAUGCUCCUCUGCAUUGGUGCUUCUGUGAUGUCUAUACUGCCAAAAAUCCAAGAGUCACAACCAAGAUCUGGUUUGUUACAGUCAUCAGUAAUUACAGUCUACACAAUGUACUUGACAUGGUCUGCUAUGACCAAUGAGCCGGAAACAAAUUGCAACCCAAGUCUACUAAGCAUAAUUGGCUUCAAUACCACAAGCUCUGUCCCAAAGGAUGGUCAGUCUGUCCAGUGGUGGCAUGCUCAAGGGAUUAUAGGACUAAUCCUCUUUUUAUUGUGUGUGUUUUAUUCAAGCAUUCGUACCUCAAACAAUAGUCAGGUCAACAAACUGACUCUUACAAGUGAUGAAUCAACAUUAAUUGAAGACGGAGCCAGAAGUGAUGGAUCCUUGGAGGAUGGCGAUGAUGUUCACAGAGCUAUAGAUAAUGAAAGAGAUGGUGUCACAUACAGUUACUCUUUCUUUCAUUUCAUGCUUUUCCUGGCUUCACUUUAUAUCAUGAUGACCCUUACCAACUGGUACAGGUAUGAGCCUUCCCAUGAGAUGAAAAGUCAGUGGACAGCUGUCUGGGUGAAAAUCUCUUCCAGCUGGAUUGGCAUCGUGCUCUAUGUGUGGACACUAGUGGCACCACUUGUUCUUACAAAUCGUGAUUUUGACUGAGCGGGACUUCUUGGCAUGCAAGUCCCACUUUGGUCAUUUCAUUGUUUAUUUGAAAUUAACAGUAUUCACAACUUUUGUACAGUUACAUCUGUAUAUGUGCUCACUGUAACUUCUGUGUUCUGCAUGAAUUAGCUUUUACUGCUUGCCAUUCAUUACUUACUAAGUGCUCUGAUCAUGUCAAUUGGAACGUGCAAACUUUUAUGACUGUGGUGGUGAGUUAGGAAAAGUGGACAUUGGUAGUCCUAUCCUCUGCUCUGUACAAAGUCAAACUGAGUUUGAUUUUAAAAUUGUUAGACCAUAAGCUGUUUCAGAAAGCAUACAAAUACAUGGGGUAGCUACCUUUUGAAAUAUGUAAUGUUUUGCCUUGCCUUAUGGAAGAACACAAAUAAUAUGGCUAUUCUAAAACUGUAAAUAAUGUUUGUUGUCUAGAAAAUAAAAGUUUCUUUGUCGGGAUUUUCCCUUAAUAUGAAGAUAGGGAAAUUACACAGGUAAGGCAUAUUUAAUUAAAAACAAUGUAGGUUGUGGAUGUAGGUAAAGGCACAGAGCCUUUAUUAUUGGUGGUAUGUAUUAUAUCAAAAAUCCACUGAUGGGGCUGGGGAUAUAGCCUAGCGGCAAGAGUGC